GUCAUCUGGCAACAGUGCGCGCCCAGCUGAUGGCCACAACACAGCAUGGAGGCCACACACUGACACUGGCACGGCACACCAGCCAGCCAGGGAGUGGCCCCGUGACCCCGCCCCGCCCCGCCCCGCCCCGCCCCCCAGGCAGCGUUAAGGGCCCGUAAGGCAGUGCAAUGGUGAGGAUGGGGGGGACGCAGCCCACGGAGGAGCAAGUGAUGCUCGUUGUGGAGCACGUGCAGCAGCGGCACACCUGGGACUGCGGCCUGGCCUGCGUCACCAUGGUGCUCCCGCCCUCCACCAGGUCAAGGUUUUCCUCUCAGCUCUACAAGAUAUGCCAAGAGGAGGGCUUCGAUAAGAGCACAUGGAGCAUUGAUCUUGCGUACCUGCUCCAAAGGUUUGGCAUCAAGCACCGCUACAUGACAAUCACUCUGGGCGUGGACCCGGGCUUCUCCUCUGAAAGCUUCUAUGACCACGUCCUCCAUAAAGAUGCCCAGAGGGUGUUGGAGCGGUUCCGUGCGGCCAAGGAUCACGGGGUGGUGGUGGAGCAAGGCGUCACAACCAUCAACGACAUCCUGGCCCACCUGCACCAGGAAGGCCCCGUCAUCCUGCUGACCAACGCCCAUCUGCUGGUGUGCCUGCGCUGCGCCCGUGCCAUGCCCCACCUGCGCUCCUGCCUCCCCUGCUCCCCGCCCUACCAGGGACACUACAUCCUCCUUGUCGGCUUUGACAUGAAGAAGGGACACAUCUACUAUAGGAAUCCCUCGUUUGGUAAUCGCAUCUGUUCCAUAUCCUUUGUCAAGCUGGACAAGGCGAGGCAGAGUUAUGGGACUGAUGAAGACAUAAUAUUUAUAUAUAAAAACGAUUCACGCGAAGAGUCAGUUUGUGUAUGAAUAUUUAAGUAGAGGAGCCAAUUAAUACUUUAUUUAUGUGUGUCGAUUACUGUUAAGGAUCUACUGUUGUAAAAAGUGAGUGAUUAUUCAGGGAACAAGAGUUGUGCAUUUUCCAAGACAUAUAGACAUGGUUUGCAGACACUUGAAAGCUUCCUAUAAUCUAGUUCCUCCUUCAUGAGGGCCAACAAUAGUUUUCUGUCUUUGAAGUUAAGAGUUCAAAUCUUUGUUUGGAAUCACAUCUGUAAAGUCCUUUCUUUUGCACCCAUUAAAUAUCACAUGAGUGAAAGGUCUUGUGAAUGGAGGAGUUUUAUACAAUGGAAACCUAAGAAGAUGAGGCUCAUGAUGCUGUGUGACCUAUUGUUCUUGUUUUAGUGUAAAGUGUUUGUCUGCACAUGUCCCAUGGAGGCCUGAAGGCUGUGACGAGAGAGGUUUGUGCCUCGCGUGGCUCUACUGGCCACACUCAACAAUACAUGACCUGCCAAACCUUUGACUGCCACCAAAACACACCAUUUGUGCUGAUGUCUGCAAACACCUGCACCCUUUCCAUUACCUCCCACUAGUUUUUAAGCAGUUAUUCACUUGUUGCAUAAUACUACACAAACUUCAUGGUUAGUAACAGGUUCAUUUGAGAACUUUACAAUAGCCUGUUCCCUGAUGCCUGGAGCACAGAGUUUUUUUGUCAGGUGGUAGGUAGCGUCCUGUUGAUGUGAGGCAGCCAGCUUUGCCUCCCCUCAGAGCCACAGUGAGCAGCCUUGAUGUGCCAAAUCUCUCAUGCUUCACACCCUUCUCAAGGAAGACAGUACACAUAAAAAUUGCUGACAGCUAAUCUCAACAUCCACAUCCAUCACUAAAUCAGUGGUCAGGUGUGGCAUGCUGUGUGCAGACUACAAAGCAAGGAACGUAAACGCUUAGUGUGGAGAGGCUUCCAGGUGGCUUUGUGGGGAGCCAAGCUUCUUGGCACCACCCCGGCAGCAAUUGGCUCAAAACACCUUUCGUCUCCAGGCACGGGAACAGACCACAGCCAGCCACCCAGGUAACAGCUCACUGUAAUCCUCCAGGUGCCCCAGCAGCUGUGUUGUGUUUGCUCUGCCGGUCCAGGAGAGGAGGAAGGCAGGUACAGGAACGUUACUUUGUUUUGUUUGGAAUAUUUUUACAUAAAUUAACAAGCGAUGGAAGUAAACUAUUUUACAAGUAAGAGUGUGUGUCAUCAGAAACAAAUAUAAUUAAGGUUUAUGUGUUUGUAAAGCACACUGUGUACUGUUGUUUAUAGUAAUGUCCUUCAAAUAUUUUAAUGAGACAUUUAUAUAUCAAAAUAUUUUAUGAUCUGCAUUUUUAGUUGCUGUUACGUCACCAGAGCUCAGGCUCACGAGGUGGUCAUAGUGUCCUAGAUAACAUAACACAAUUUCUUCACAGUCAGCAACCACCUUUCUGUCACACAGUGGUGAGUUGCAGACACGAAAAACUUAAAUUUUAGAAAUUAAUAACCGCCAAGCAGAUGCAACCAUUACAAGAGCAAGGCGGCACCUCCUUGCCCCCCCCCGGCCUUAGUCAGCUGGAGGUGGCGGGCUGAGGCGGCCGGCCACGUGUGUACAAUUACCUCACCUUAAGACUUUAUUUUUGUUGAGGCAGCUAGGGCACAGCACAGCACUUUAUUUUUAUAUUAGCAUGUACACAUCUCCUGGAGAUGUUGCUCUCAGAAGUAUGUGUGUGUAUUUAAUUUUUUUCUGUAGUGUUGUGAGAUGCUUAUUGAUGAAUGAGCUUCCACUGUUUUUGAUAAAUUGUAGCCUUUUAUGUCUCUCUUGAUCAAUAAAAAACGUCCGUA